GUUUGACGAUCUGAUGGAUAACCUCCCCUUGCCCGAGUACACAAAAAGAGAUGGUCGUCUAAACCUUGCCGCCCGCCUGCCCAACUUUUUUGUGCGUCCCGACCUUGGACCUAAGAUGUACAACGCCUAUGGUUUAAUAUCGUCUGAAGACAGGAAGGUGGGAACCACUAACCUCCAUCUGGAUGUCUCUGAUGCUGUCAACGUAAUGGUUUAUGUUGGCAUCCCUCAAGGCGAGGGAGACCAAGAGCAAGAGGCAGAUAUCUCUGGACGCAAAGAGGUCAUGACCACGAUUGAGGAGGGCGACGUGGAUGAAAUGACGAAGAGGCGAGUGUACGAGGCAAAGGAGAAACCUGGAGCUCUCUGGCACAUCUACGCUGCCAAGGACGCUGAGAAGAUCAGAGAACUGCUCCGCAAGGUGGGAGAGGAGCAGGGACAAGAGAACCCUCCAGACCACGACCCCAUUCACGACCAGAGCUGGUACCUGGACCAGGUGCUCCGCCGCAGGCUGUAUGAAGAAUACGGCGUCCAGGGUUGGGCCAUUGUACAAUUCUUAGGAGAUGCCGUAUUUAUCCCUGCUGGAGCUCCACACCAGGUGCAUAACUUGUACAGCUGUAUUAAAGUGGCAGAGGACUUUGUGUCUCCUGAACAUGUGAGGCACUGUUUCAGACUGACCCAGGAGUUCAGACACCUGUCCACUACUCACACAAACCAUGAAGACAAGCUACAGGUGAAGAACAUCAUCUAUCACGCAGUGAAGGACGCUGUUGGGACACUGAAGGCGCACGAGCCCAAACUAGCCCGCCCUUAGUUCUUCUCACUCAGUGCUGUCUCAAAACAACCAGCCUCUGACGACCACUCCACUACGUAUACACACAGUAUGCAUUAUAUACCUACAUACACAAGUACAAUCUGCCGAGUGCAGAGUACAAAGAUAGAGUGUAGGUUUUGGGGGGAGGGGCAGUGAUGGUCUGGGUUUGGGGGAAAGAGAACAUUUCAUUUUGGGAGGGAUUAAACUGGGAUGGGGCUAGUCAGCGCUUCGAUGAAGGAAGUCCUUUAUCGCUGUUACACAGUACGCUCAAACUUGUCUAGUUGUUUUACAAUUUUUUUUUUUUUUUUUUGGAUUAACUCUGUAUUUAAGGUCAGUGUGUUUGUUCUGUUGUUUUCAUUGUAUAUGUAAGAUGUGAGAGUAAGGGAGGUAAAAGCUGAGCAGAGGUUCAGCUACCAUCUUAAGUGACUGACAAAAAUGUGAGUACUGGGCUAACUUUCCUAUUUUGAUGACGUUGAUAUUAUUUUUCUUCAAUAGGAGCGAGGUUAACCUGUUUUUUUUGUAGAUUUUUUUGUUGUUGGAGUUUUUAAACAGCUGAUUGCUUCUGCCCUUUGUGGUUGAAAUGAAUUUGUGAAGCAGCCAGUGAGGGGAAGCAGACCAAAGUUUUGUAUUUUUUGUUUUAUUUCACUUUUAGAGUAAGAAGUCUUUUCUUUUUAUACACCACGAUGUAACGAUUAGGAGGACUUCAGAGAAGGCAGUUUUGUUUUUUUGGUCACCUAUCUUUGUCCCAUGGGCUGAAUGAACUGCAGACUUCCAACAACAUUGUUCAAGAAUCACAAUUGCAGCUGAACAGAACUACUGGCCAUUAACAUUGUAUCAAUAUAUAUAUUGAUCUUAGCAGUCUGUUUGAUUUUUCACAAUAAAGUUUACAAAAACUA